AUGUCUUCUUCGAAGCGGAAGCGCGACGCCGGAACCGCGGUGAAAGAUAAUCUGAACGGUCGAGAAAGUGCCUACGGUAGUGAUAAGAGCAACACCAAGAAAAUUUCGCUCGAUGCAUAUGGACCGGAAGGGAAAGCAGAACUCGAUUUCAAGAACCCUGAAGCAACAUUGAACUUACAAGAUGUUCAGGGACUUGUGACAUGGGUUCUUGCAGAAGGCUUUAUGCCCUCGUGGGUUAUCGUCAACAAGAAGUCUCUUAUUCCAAAAGUUGUCUUGCUCUACCUUCCUGGAUUGGAUGCAGCUUUAUACUUAUCACAGUCUAAAUUACUUCCUAGUUUGAAAUCAUAUUGUGGCAAUCCUAUACCGCUCUUAGCUUUGAGCUGUGUAGUUGAUGAGAUGAAGACAAUCGAUACGUUACUUACUUGCACGGCUAAAAGAAAAAAAACUGUUACUAGUUCAGUGGAACCACCUCUCCAAGUAUCUGAGCCAGAAACAUGCAAUGUGAUGGGGAAAUCGUUCAUUGAGCUCACAAAAGAUAUACCAUUCCCUGUUACAUACUAUACUCUAAGUCGAAAGGAAAUGGAACAAAAUGGAUAUACUUUUCAGAAAUCAGAGUUUACCUCUACGCUUCCUGCACCAUCAGGAUCAUGUCCCCAUGAAAUUUUGGCUCUUGAUUGCGAGAUGUGUAUCACAAAGGAGGGUUUGGAGUUGACAAGAGUGACGCUGGUGGAUAUCGAAGGACAGGUUCUGUUAGAUAAAUUAGUCAAGCCAACAAAUGAUAUUACUGAUUACAACACAAGGUAUAGUGGAAUAACAGCUCAAAUGAUGGAGGGAGUUACAACAACUAUUAAAGAUAUUCAGGAAGAGUUCUUAAAGCUGGUUUUCAAAGAGACUGUAUUAGUCGGACACUCCUUGGAAAAUGACUUGUUUUCUCUGAAGAUCUCUCAUAAUCUGGUGAUUGACACGGCAGUACUAUACAAGCAUCCACACGGUAGAUCCUUUAAAACUAAACUUCGAAUUCUAGCAAAAAAAUUCCUUGAUAGAGAGAUACAGGAGUCUGAAUCCGGACAUGACAGCGCCGAGGAUGCAAAAGCAGCCAUGGAUUUGGCACUAUUAAAGAUAAAACAUGGACCUUAUUUUGGCUCACCGCCGCAAAUGAUAAGAAAGAAGCUCCUCACCGUUUUGAGUGAGAGUGGGAAAACCACUUCUAUCGUCGACAAUGUCAACAUCGUGAAGCGAUAUGCUUCUGAUUCAUCAAAUUCAAUUCCAGUUUUUUCGGACGACGAAGCACUUUCAAAAUCCAUGAAGGAGGUAAAGAACACGCAGUCACAAUUCGUUUGGACACAGUUCUCAGAAUUGAAUAAACAUUUCGAGGAGAGAGCGGGUGAUCCACAGAAACUAAAUUCCAGACUAGCAGAGAUGAUCGCACUUCUUACAUGUAACAACUCCGGCCUCAAGAAAUGCCGGAAAAGCAAUGUUUCACUUGAAACGAAGGAAAUCUUAAAGAAAAUGGAUGAGAGAGUCCAAGCGCUUUACGCUACCUUACCCACUAAUGCAAUGUUUAUAGUUUGCACCGGACAUGGAGACACAUCCAUUGUACACAGUGUACUACAAAUGCUUAAAGAUAAGAAUGAAAUUGGGUUUUGCCGCGAGAACGUUGUGAAGGCUCUUGAAGAGCUUCAAGCACAAGCCGAAGUAGCUCUCUGUUUUGUAGGCAUCAAGCAAUAA